CUCCGGGCUUUCGGGUUGCCCGGUCCUGGUCCCCCAGAGCCUGCGGGGGCUCGGAUGAUGCCCUGCCCUUCCCCUCCCCCUGCGCUGCAGAGCCUCCGGAUGCUACCGUACUCCUGCCAUGUGCUGCCGCGGUCGCUACUGAGGCUCGUAGCUUAGCCGAGCGUGUCUCCGGCUGCAAACUCCGCCAAACGAACCUGCAUCUUCCUCCAGGGAAGGCUACCCAGAAGCGAUGAAAUUUCCAAUCGAGACUCCAAGAAAACAGGUGAACUGGGAUCCUCAAGUGGCUGUUCCCUCACCAGUGCCAGCUUGUGAACCUGAGCCCAAAACUAACGGGCAUAACCCAGCUCCACGACUCUCCAUUUCAUCCCGAGCUGCUGUUGUUGCUACCAUGGAAGCCCCUUCUCAAGGCCUGCAGACAGUCAUGAAGUGGAAAACAGUGGUGGCCGUCUUUGUCGUCGUGGUAGUUUACCUGGUGACAGGAGGACUUGUCUUCCGCGCCCUGGAGCAGCCCUUUGAAAGCAGGCAGAAGAACACGAUCGCUCUAGAGAAGGCUGACUUUCUUCGGGAACAUGUUUGUGUAACUCAGCUAGAGCUGGAGACAUUGAUUCAGCAUGCUAUUGAUGCUGAUAAUGCAGGAGUCAGUCCCAUAGGAAAUUCCUCUAAAAACAGCAGUCAUUGGGACCUUGGAAGUGCCUUUUUCUUUGCUGGAACAGUCAUCACAACUAUAGGGUAUGGGAACAUGGCCCCAAGCACUGUUGGAGGCAAAGUUUUCUGCAUCUUGUAUGCCAUCUUUGGGAUUCCACUCUUUGGCUUCUUGCUGGCUGGGAUUGGUGACCAACUCGGAACCAUCUUUGGGAAGGGUAUUGCAAGGGUGGAAAAAGUUUUCAGAAAAAAGCAAGUGAGUCAAACAAAGAUCCGGGUGAUCUCUACCAUUGUCUUCAUCCUGGCAGGCUGCGUUGUCUUUGUGACCAUUCCUGCAGUUAUCUUCAAACACAUCGAGGGAUGGACAGCCUUGGAGUCCACCUACUUUGUGGUUGUCACUCUGACUACUGUUGGCUUCGGUGACUUUGUAGCAGGAGGAAAUUCUAACAUCCAUUACCGGGAGUGGUAUAAACCCUUAGUGUGGUUUUGGAUCCUUGUUGGCCUUGCCUAUUUUGCUGCUGUCCUGAGUAUGAUUGGAGACUGGCUAAGGGUCCUGUCCAAGAAGACAAAAGAAGAGGUUGGAGAAAUAAAAGCCCACGCAGCGGAGUGGAAAGCAAACAUGACGGCUGAGUUCAGAGAGACACGGAGGCGGCUGAGUGUGGAGAUCCAUGACAAACUUCAGCGGGCAGCCACCAUCCGGAGCAUGGAGCGCAGGCGCCUGGGCCUGGACCAGCGAGCCCACUCUUUAGACAUGCUCUCUCCAGAGAAGCGCUCUGUCUUUACUGCCUUGGAAGCAGGGCGCUUCAAAGCCUCAUCUCAGGAAAGCAUCAAUAACAGACCUAACAACCUGCGCCUUAAAGGGUCAGAUCAGCUCAACAAGCAUGGGCAGGGAGCAUCUGAGGACAACAUCAUUAACAAGUUUGGAUCAUCUGCUAAAAUGAGCAAAAGGAAAAACAAAGACCUCAAAAAGACCAUCCCUGAGGAUGUGCAUAAAAUUUAUGAGACCUUCCGAAACUACUCCUUGGAUGAAGAAAAAAAGGAAGAGGAGACAGAGAAGAUGUGUAAUUCUGAGAACUCUUCUAGCACUGCAGUCCUGACCAACUGCAUCCAGCAGCACUCAGACCUGGAGAAUGGAGUGAUCCCCAAUGAAACCAAAGAAAGGGAACAUGAAAACAAAGUGUUACUUGAAGACAGAAAUUAAAUGUAAAAGAUGCUUGACUUGAA